UUAGAAUCGGGGAUUAUAGUACCUGGAAACUUUUUGGUAAAGGAUUCAUUGUCUUCAUUCAGUAAUAGUAAACAGGAGGGUGCGAUUGUAAGUUACCCUACAUCGUCUUAACUAGUGUUGAGACAUUCUCGAGGAUAGGUCGAGUCCGUACUAUGUUGUUGCAUCCUUCUCAACCUAUCAUCCUUGCUUGGUGGCACAUAUUGUUCUUUUUUGAUUUUAUUUUAUAUUUUUCUGGAUUUAUUUUAUGUAUCCGUUUUCCGUAUCCUAGCAUUUGGCUCGCCUGGACCUUGAUCCAUGGUCAAAAAAACGGUCAAACCCGUCCCGUGAUAACCAGGAUGGAUCGAGAGAUGGGCGGUUCCAGAUCUAAGGUACGUGUAUGUAUCAAUCUGUCGUCUUCCUCCUCACCUCACUUUUGAUGUCGGAGAAUGUGGAAUCAAUCCCCGGUGG